AUGGAUUAUUUGCUUCGCUAUCGCAGGAUGACUGUCCCCAAAAGAUACGCUGAAUUCGUGGCACUGAUUGCGAUCUCGUGCACGCUGUUCCUGUUCCUGCACACCCAGAGCCUGACGUCGCGGUUGCGCGAGAUGGAGGACAGACUGCAGCCACCGUCGUCGCUGUCGGCUGCCAGCGAGCUGAGCGGUAAUUCAAUUAGCCAAGCCUCAGCCGGAGCCAACCAAAGCCAGAAUGCGCAUCACCACCACCAGCACGAGCUGAUUGGCAAUCUGCAUCAUACGUACAACUAUCUCAAAAGCACCGGGCAGAUGCAAACCCUGAAGGCGACGGAGCUGAACAACACGCGCCGGGCGGAGAUUCCGAUCAUCUUCUUCAACCGCGUCCCGAAGGUGGGCAGCCAGACGUUCAUGGAGUUGCUGCGUCGGUUGGCCGUCCGCAACGACUACACGUUCCACCGGGACGUGGUCCAACGGCUUGAGGUGAUCCGGUUGGCACCCGAACGUCAGCACGAGCUGGCCGAGAUGGUGAUGGACCUACCGGUACCAUCCGUGUACGUCAAACACGUCUGCUACACGAACUUCACCCGGUUUGGGCUACCGAUGCCGAUCUACGUCAACAUGGUGCGUGAUCCGGUCGAGCGUAUUAUCAGCUGGUAUUACUACGUACGCGCUCCUUGGUAUUAUGUCGAACGGAAGCAAGCGUUCCCGGAUCUACCAUUGCCGGAUCCGCGUUGGCUCAAGAAGGACUUCGAAACGUGUGUCCUGCAGGGUGAUCCCGAGUGCACGUACUCGCAGAAUGCCGUCCACGAGGGUAUUGGUGAUCACCGCCGGCAGACACUGUUCUUCUGCGGUCACGGCGAGGAGUGUCUGCCCUUUAAUAGUGCUGGAGCGCUGGAACGCGCCAAGUACGCCGUCGAAAGCCAGUACGCCGUGGUCGGUGUGUUGGAGGACCUCAACACGACGCUCACCGUGCUCGAGAAGUAUGUGCCGCGGUUCUUUUCCGGCGCAAACUCGGUCUACUUCAACGAGGUGAACAUGCUGCAGAAGAUCAACAAGAACAGCUUCAAACCGCCCGUCAGCGAGGAGAUCAAGGAUCUCGUCCGGCGCAACUUCACGAAGGAGAUCGAAUUCUACCAGUUCUGCAAGCAGCGGCUCUACAAGCAGUAUCUUGCCACCCAGCUGCCGCUCAAAUAA